UGCGUACGGCGGCCGCAGGCUUUGUGCGGUGUCGGUGCCUGGGAGAGUGCGGCCGGUCGCGGCUGACGGUGCCUCAUGGGGGGAAAGAAGAAGAGGCGAAACGAGGCGGUGGUGUCGGCGGCGGCGGCGGCGGCGGCUCGGGUCCAGCGGCCGGAGACCGCUCAGCCGGUCACUAAUGGGAAAGCACAGCACCCUCGGCCAACUGUCGUCAAGCCGGCUACCAAGGAGAAUAAAGUUAAAGCAGGUCCAAAGACAUAUAGUUUUGGUGCAUCCUCCUCAAGUGAACUUAGUGCUGCUGGAAAUUUGGACAGAUCCAUUCUUAAGGUGGUCAUUAAACCUGAUUUGGAAAAAAAAGUUAUUGGAUUGAUCAACCAAUUCAAAACACAGCACAGCAAAUCAGGAACCAUAUCUGGAAGACUCACAGCUAAGAAGCUACAGGAUUUAUAUUCAGCUUUGGAAGAAUUUUCAUUUCGAGCACAAGACAUUGAAGAAGCCAUGAAAAAUACUGUUGUUUAUGGUGGAGACCUGCAUUCUGCUUUGGAUUGGUUGUGUUUGAAUCUUCCGGAUGAGUCGCUACCUGAUGGAUUCAGUCAGAAACUGCAGGAAGAAGAGACUAAGAGCAAGCCCAAAUUUCAAAUGCCUGUAAAGUGUGCAACAAACCAUGAAGUAUCUGAGAAAAAGUGCAAUGACAAUCCUCGGGCAAAGACAACGGAAAAUCAAAGCUCCCAAGUGAGUAUGAAGGAUUGGAUUUUACAGUAUGCUGAAGCAGCAAGCAGUGGGAGUGAUGAUGAAGAAAUCAAUCAGGAUAACAAAGUACCUGAAAAAAAUUAUGAAAAGGAAGAAUACUUUGAUCCAAAUACUCUUUACUUGGAGCUGACAGCAAAACUACUUGAUACCAAAGACCGGGCACUGUUGUUUAAGCAAAAUAAUAACAAACAUGCUCAAAGAGAAGCAGGUGAAAGAAUUAAGAAUCUCCAGCAGGAGAUUAAAGAGUUGGAAAAACAUCCUGCUUUUAAUCCUUCAAUAAAGAUGGCAGAUUUUAAAAAGACUGACAAAAGCUCUACCAAACCUUUUGAUGAAGCACAUGAUGGUGCCCUUAAUUUAAAUUUUCCAGAAGAAUCUGCACAGAAAGUAAAAGAGGAAACAAAACAUGAACCAAAGGAUGUGCGGAACUUUGACUACUCGUCGCGAAGUUGGACUGGUAAAUCUCCCAAGCAGUUUCUGAUUGACUGGUGCCGGAAAAACAUCCCCACUGGUCCAGCUCCAAACUAUCGAAAAAUCCCUGUGGGUAGAUUCUGGAAGUGUAGUGUAAGAGUAAACAGACAGAAAGAUGGGAUACUAGAAGUAUGUCCCACAAUUCUCACAGAAGAUAGCAUGCAAGCCCAACAUCUGGCAUCUACAUUGGCUCUUUGGCAUUUAGUAAGAGGACAGGCUGUACAUCAGUUGCUUCCACCUACAUAUCGGGAUGUGUGGAUUGAAUGGAGUGAAGCUGAAAAGCAGAAAACUGAGAAAAAAAAGAUAGAAAAGAAUAAGCCUCGUGAACAAUUUAUCAGCAGACUGUUAAACACAUUAAAACAGCAGCCAACUACUUGUGUUUCUAUGACAGCAGAGGAUCCAGAAGACUCCUGGGAGAAUUUGAUAACUGAAGAUGACUUUCAAAGCUUAUCUUUUGAUAAACAGAAGACAGAUAAUUUAGAUUUGACAAAGAUUAUUUUUAAAAAUUUGCAGAGUUCCAGCAAGUUUCAAAAACAUUUAAAAGAUAGACAGUUUCUACCUGUAUUUCAACACAAAAUGCAAAUUCUUGAAACCCUGCGAAAACAUAGAGUAGUAGUUGUGGCAGGUGAAACUGGCAGUGGAAAAAGCACUCAAAUACCUCAGUUCCUGUUGGAAGAUUUACUGUCAAGUGCAAAUCCUAAAUGCAAUAUUGUUUGUACUCAGCCUCGAAGGAUUUCAGCAGUGAGUUUGGCAACAAGAGUUUGCGAGGAACUUGGUUGUGAAGAAGGCCCUGGAGGAAAAAACUCUCUUUGUGGUUAUCAAAUCAGACUGGAAACAAAAGUUGGAGAAUCAUGUCGACUUCUAUACUGCACCACAGGUGUUUUGCUGCGGAAACUACAACAAGAUGGACUUCUUACCAGUGUGACCCACGUAAUUGUGGAUGAGGUUCAUGAGAGAAGCGUUCAGUCUGAUUUCCUGUUGAUCAUCUUGAAGGAGAUAAUGCAAAAACGCUCAAAUCUGAACCUUAUUUUGAUGAGUGCAACUGUCGAUAGUGAUAAAUUUGCUAGCUACUUUGGACAUUGCCCUGUUAUCAAUAUUCCUGGAAGAAUUUAUCCAGUGCAGGUUUUACAUUUGGAAGAUGUGAUAGAAGUGACUGGCUAUGUUUUGGAAAAAGAUUCUGAAUAUUAUCAGCCAUUUUCUGAGGAGGAGGAAGAAAUUAAUUUGACUGUUACUGACAAAGGAGGAAGAACAUAUCAGCAUCAGGAAUAUUUUGUUAAAGGGCUCAUACCCAGCCAAAAUUUGACACCUGAGCUUGAACAGUACAGUGUUCGUACCCGUCAUGCUGUUCAGUGCAUGCAUCCGACUAAAAUAAAUGUGGAUCUCAUCCUGGAGCUGAUUAGUUACUUGGAAAGAAGUAGCCAAUACAGAGCAAUUGAUGGUGCGGUAUUAAUAUUCUUACCAGGUCUGGCUCACAUUCAACAUCUUUUUGAUCUUUUAACUACAGACAAAAUGUUUCAAGAUAGGAAAAGGUACAAAGUGAUUGCUUUGCACUCUAUCCUUUCAUCACAAGAUCAAGCUGCAGCCUUCACAAUCCCACCACCUGGAGUUCGGAAGAUUGUUUUGGCAACAAAUAUUGCAGAAACAGGAAUCACAAUUCCCGAUGUUGUCUUUGUCAUUGAUGCUGGAAAGACUAAAGAAAACAGGUAUCGGGAAAGUAGCCAAAUGAGCUCAUUGGUGGAGACAUUUAUCAGCAAAGCCAAUGCACUUCAGAGGCAGGGUCGAGCUGGUCGUGUUCGAGAGGGAUUCUGUUUUCGUUUGUACACAAAAGCAAGGUAUGACAGUUUCAUAGAUUACUCUGUCCCAGAAAUCUUACGAGUACCCUUGGAAGAGCUUUGUCUUCAUAUCAUGAAAUGCAAUCAUGGAUCUCCAGAAGAUUUUCUUGCCCGAGCUUUGGAUCCACCACAAAUCCAAGUCAUUAGUAAUGCUAUGAACUUGCUGAGGAAAAUUGGAGCGUGUGAAAUCAACAAACCUAAAUUGACUCCAUUAGGGCAACAUCUUGCUGCCCUUCCAGUAAAUGUGAAAAUUGGGAAAAUGUUAAUUUUUGGAGCAAUUUUUGGCUGUUUAGAACCUGUGGCAAUCAUUGCUGCUGCCAUGACUGAAAAAUCUCCCUUUGUUACUCCAGUGAAUGGAAAAGAUGAAGCAAACCUUGUAAAAGCAGCCAUGUCAUUGUCUAAUUCAGAUCAUCUGACUAUUUAUAAUGCAUAUUUAGGAUGGAAGAAUGUGCGGCGUGAUGGCUAUCGUGCUGAAAUGGCUUAUUGCAAGAAACACUUCUUGAGCAGGACUGCACUUCUAACAAUGGAGGAUGUUAAACAAGAACUCAUCAAGCUGAUGGAGGCAGUCGGUUUUGUGUCACCAACGUCCAGAAGAACUAAGAAUCAAAGCUGCAAUUCAGGGUCCUUGCCAGAGUACUAUAAACAGAGCUUAUCAAAUCAGGAAGUGCCCCUUCUUAAAGCUGUAUUAACAGCAGGACUCUAUGACAAUAUUGGGAAGAUUAUUUAUAUUCCAUCAGUAGACAUCGCUGACAAGGUGAUUUGUUCCAUAGAAACUGCACAAGGUAAAGCACAACCACACCCUUCAUCUGUCAACAGGGAUCUUCAGACCAAUGGCUGGAUUUUGUACCAGGAAAAGGUGAAGUACAGCAAGAUCUAUGUGCGAGAGACAACCCUGAUCUCACCUUUUCCAAUCUUACUUUUUGGUGGUGAGAUUGAGGUCAUGCAUCGUGAAAGGUUACUUUCAGUUGAUGACUGGAUACAUUUCCAGGCUCCUGUGAGGACAGGGAUAAUUUUUAAAGAGCUGCGAGCCUUAAUUGAAUCAGUGCUGCUGAAGAAACUUGAAGAUCCUAAAAUGUCAAUUGAAAAUGAUGAGAUAAUACAAUUAAUUGUGAAACUGAUCAAGACUGAAUACAGCGAUUGAAGUAAAAUAUGGUUUCCUAAUGCCUUGAUAUAUUAAUGUAAAUAUAAUAAUUUUACCUUCCUUGAAACCUAAGUUUAAAUGAUAAAGUGAACAAUGCAGUUUUUUUGCUAUUUUAUAACAUGUCCGAUUGUCAAUAAAUGUUCCAAUAAUGAUUCUUGUGGUCUUCUAGUUAUCUUAAUUAUCACUGGUGUCCAAAGUCUGUAGGUUUCAAUCUAAUUAUUAAGAAUAUCUCAAAUCACAAUGUCUAUUUAUUUUCCUGCUGUCAAGAUAAAAUCUUCUUUGGUCAAAUGUAGCAUAGCCAUAAAGUGCUUCAAGCAAAUUUUGUUAUGCUCUUGUAUUUCUUGCAGCAUAACUCCUUCCAGAUUGUCAGAAGAAAUUGUUAACUCAUAAGCAGUAUUCACAUUGAAGAGUGUUGAUUAGAUUUGUUAUAAAUUAUUGUGAAAGUGAGCUGAACACUGGCUGAGAUUUCUAGUGCACUUUUUUGUUUCCAGGGAGUCUAGAAUGAAGCUAGCUCUCCUAAUGGAAUGAAAAUCCCUUUCAUCUGUAAUGACUUGCUCACUAAGCACAAUUGCUUCCAGUGCAAUGCCAGUAAUUGUUGAAACUGAAGCAAAUUUGUGUGUGUAUCCGAGAAUGAGAUCCAAAGGAGACUGGGAUUUAUCUUCCAUAUCUUCCAAAUGCCAUGUGGUUCAUUAACUUUCUCUUUCAAUGUUGGACUUUAAUACGUGUUCACAUUGACUUUAUGCAAAUUAAUGUGUACAGAAGGUGAAUGAAUUUUGCUGAUUAGAAAGAAAUUUAAGUUCUAUAUAUAUUAAAAAAAAUUCCCCAGGAAAGUUUUUGCAUAACCAACUCCAAAAGAGCAGACGAGAAGGAAUCCAUAUUAAAGCAAUCGAAGUAACUGAAAUCUAACAAAGUUUUCUCAAAGCACAAUAAGCAGGAUAAAGGUCUGUGGAAAAUGUUACUCACUUAUUUUUUGUCUUUUUUGGCGGGCUUCAACUGAAGUAGCACAGGAAAUGUACUUAAAUUGUGAGGAUUAAAUAUUAAUGCAUAUACUGACAAGGUGCUGAAGAAAAUGAACAUUUAUGGGAUGAAAAUUUGGCAGGCACUGAUGAAGAUUUUCAAAACUGGAAAUAGACCUACUGAAAAGGUUCAGCAAAACUUAAGAGCAUUUAGUCAGCUAUAAUAGUGAAAUCUAAUGUGGAAGAAUAUUUGUACAACUAGGAAACAACUAUUAGGACCUGACACUAAGUUUGGUUUGUUUUAUGAGCCUAUCCAAAAACAGAUGUCCUAAAACAGGUUGUUUGAAUUGAAACACUCCAAGUUCUGCAUAAUAUAGAAACAAAGAAAACCUACAGCACAAUACAGGCUCUUUGUCCCACAAAGCUGUGUCAAACAUGUCCUUACCUUAGAAAUUACCUAGGAUUACCCAUAGCCCUCUAUUUUUCUAAGCUCCAUGUACCUGUCCAGGAGUCUCCUAAAAGACUCUAUCGUUUCCGCGUCCACCACUUAGUCGGCAGCCCAUACCACGCACUCACCACUGCAUUUUUUUAAAAAAACAACUUACCCCUGACAUCUCCUCUAUACCUACUUCCAAGCACCUUAAAACUGUGCCCUCUCAUGCUAGCCAUUUCAGCCCUGGGAAAAUGCUCUUUAGUAAAACCCAGAUUAAUCCAGGAUAUAAUACAGGACUGAAUAUGAAACUCUUAAACUGAUUAAGAGACAAUACUUAACUGAAGUUAAGCCACAAACUCCAACUAGAUAUGUGCAGUCAUGAAGUGCAAGUCUGAGGAAUAGGUUUUUCAGCUGAGUUCUCUCUGAAAGCUCCAACACCUUUGUGAUUCUCAUAAAUCAUCUAUAACUCAGUUAAAUCCCACAGUCUGAUGGAUGUGAUUAUGUUGAAGUAUUACAUUUAAAUGGCAAGGUUUUAAAAAUGGUUUCUGCAUUUCACACCUGAGGAUGUCAUAGAGGACUGGAGUUAUAUCUAAAUGAACCAGCCUGGGGAAUAAAUAUUGUUCUCAAUGGCAACUCCAAUAUUGUUUCUGAGAACACAUCAAGCAUGGAAGAUGUUUCAGAGUUGAUUAUCUAUGUAUUUUUGUUUGGAGUUUCAAAGUGGAGCACACUGACAGUCUGGUUUGCCAGUGAUGGAUGGGGGAAGGAGACAACUAUUAUUUGUUGAAACUUCCUUCUAUUUAUGGUGAAUGUGAAAACUGUUGACAUGGUUAAUCUGUUAAUUUGGAUUUCACGACUAUUUGAAUCUGUAUGAUUUACAGAAGUUUUACUCCAAAGUUUAUGGAUUUGAGGCGAAUGUUCUUCUAGGGAAGUUGUAGUUUGGACGAGUUGCCGGAGUACACUUUGUAGAUGAUAUAAACUAUAAUUAUGGUGUACUGGUGAUGAAUGGUAGAAAUGUUUAAAGUGAUGGUCAUUGGGGACAUUUCUGAAUUUAGUGACAAUUUGAAUCAAAAAGAUUUAUAGAAGUUUUUAACAUUUUUGAGGUUAGUGAAAAUUAAUACUAGGGAAUUUUAGAUUCACUAAGAAUUCAAAUUUUAAGAAAAGUUUGGAAUGAAUAUAUACUGAACUAUCAGAAAAUGGGGAAUGGUUCCCAAUGCAGCAAAUUGUGCAACAUGAUUCUUGCCAAGCUUGUGCAUAGAUGCAGUACCUCCUGAAACUUGAUCUCGCAGUUAAAUUAUGUUCUGGGUACUAAUAAUUUGCACACUCAUUUCUCCUUUAUAUUGUCAUUCAGGAUAUAUUUUAAUUUUUGUUUUCUAUUUAGCAAGGAACCGGCCCAAUGACCCACAUUGCCCAGCAACCCAACUAUUUUAACAGUAGCCUAAUCACAGGAUGAUUUUUUACAAUAACCGAAUAACCUACUAAAUAUUAUGUCAUUGAACUGUAGGAGAAAAUCAAAAGAAACUCAUACAGUUCACAGGGAGAAUGUACAACUUCUUUACGGACAGUGCUGGAAUUGAACUAGCAGCUGUGGAAUGCCCUGAGCUUGUAAUAGCAUUGUGCUAACCACUACGCUACCAUGUUCUGAAAUGAUUAGAAUUUCCUUGGCAAAUUAAUAAGAACUUUCAAUGAAAUUUGGUUGUUACUGUACUCAGUCAAAUUUCAUUUAGUUUUCUUGUUGGAACUCGAUGGUGAUUGGUUAGAGAAAGAUAAUUUUAACAGUAGGUGGCAGAAUAGCACCAUGUUUAGAUGGACUGAAUUUUAGAAUACAGUAUAUAUUACGGUAGCAUAUUUUUGUAUUUGGGGGGAAAUGAUUGAUAUGAAGUAAUGUAAAUAAGUGAGUUUGAAUAUUUGUUGUUGCUUCCCUCAACCAUUGUACCUUAGUAGUUACAAAAAGUAAAUAUUUCAACAAAGUUAUACAAAAUGUUGUCAGCUGGAUUGUUUGCAAUUUCAGGAACAGAUUUUCAAAACUAUAUACAAAUUUUAGUUUUUGUGUAUCUACUCUGACUUAAACGGAAGUUUAUUUAAAAAGUGUAAUCAAAGCUGCAUCACUGCUUGGUGAAAACUGUCCUAAAGUGGACAGGAAGGCUCUACAACAGAUAGUCAAAACUGCCCAAUGCCUCACCGCCCGGAAUCAACAUAUAUACAGCAAGGUGCCAGAAAAGGUCCAGUACAAUCAUGAAGGAUCCCACCCACCCUACUCAUGGGCUGUUUGUUCCACUCCCAUCAAGAAGGAGUCUACUUAGCAUCCACGCCAGGACCACCAGACUCAAAACAAUUACUUUCAUGAAGCAGUAAGGCUGAACAACACCUCCACCCACUAACUACUACCUGUACUUUAUUUCCUGUCAGUUACUUUAUGUACAGCUGAGCAUCACUUUAUGGACAUAUAAUCAAUCUAUUUAUAAAAGCUAUCUUGUGUAUUUAUAUUAAUUGUGUUUUUAAUUAUUAUUGUGUUCUUUUAUCUUUCCUGUUUUUUUGAGCUGCAUCAGACCUGAAAUAACCAUCAUUUCAUUUUCCUUUGCACUUGUGUAGACGAAAUGACAUUAAACAAUCUUGAAAUAUUUUAAAUUGUCAUUUAAUCAAAGUGGACUUGGGUUUCAUGUAAUGUUCCAAGGUGUUGUUCUGCCUGUCUCCUGGUCAACAUUUCUCUGUUAAUUAAAGAUCUUAAAGAUAAUCGUGUUUUAUUUCUCAUUAACUCUGUGGGUUAUGGUGUGUGCACUAAUUUAUGAAUAUAAGAAAUAGUAGCAGGAGGCAGCCAUGUAGCCUUUCCAAGCCUUGUCUGCUGAGUAUUGUGUGCAGUUCUGGUCCCCUAAUCUGAGGAAAGACAUUCUUGCCAUAGAGGGAGUACAGAGAAGGUUCACCAGAUUGAUUCCUGGGAUGGCAGGACUUUCAUAUGAAGAAAGACU